UGUGUAACUUCAUGUGUCACGAGAAAUGCCUGAAGACGCUGCGUUCACCGUGCUCCUGCAUGACUCCGUCUCUGGUGCGGGUCCCCGUCGCUCACUGCUUCGGUCCGGCGGGUCAGAAGAAACGUUUCUGCUGCGUCUGCAGGAAACAGACGGAGGGAAACACGGCGCUGCGAUGUGAAGUGUGUGAGCUGCAUGUUCACGCUGACUGUGCCGCCUUCAGCUGCGCAGACUGUCGCAGUUUUCACCUGGACGGGACUCUGCAGCAG